AUGGCACAUUUUGCAAGCGAUAAAAGAGCCGUGAAUUGCGAGGUUCGUGAAUAUUAUUAUGUUCCCUUUCCAGAUAGUCGUAUGGUGAAACAGCGGAAGUCGAAGGGUUCAGAUACCCUGCAAAGUCCCGGUGAAGUUGCUGCCCCGGAUUUGACGAUUAGUCCGAUGAAAAAGGCAAAAACGAAUGGUUUAAUGGAGGAGGUUGACAUUGAAGGAGAGAAUCUUAAGGAGAAUGGUGAUACACCAAAAGGAAAGAAAGCUAAGCCUCUUACAAUGGGCCAACUCGCAGAGCAGCAACGGGUCGAGAGUGAAGAGAAACCUCCGCAAACGUCUGGUGGUGCUUCUCUUUCAGUUCAACUCACUCAAGGUCUCAUGUCCAAUGAUGUGAUAAAGCUUGAUAGCGUUCUCCGUGAGGUCAGAGUCGAGAUCAUACAGGCAACACUGUUGGAUCUCCAAGUGUCUCAUGUGGUUCCUCUGUUGAAAGCUUUGUUCGAAAGACUUAGCAGUCGGUCUGCAACUAAUAUAAAACCUUGGAUCUUGUGGAUACAGUGCAUAUUAUCUCUUCAUGCGUCUUAUCUGAGUUCGAUUGGACGUCGGAUGAAUCGCACAGUUGUUGUGGCACCGCAACCUCUCAUAGUUUUUAAUGAUGGUCCAUAUCUUUAUGGAGAAACGAGCUGGUUCCCCAAAAGUGUAGUGUUACUUCGAGUUAUCGUCACCUAUCGAGAAGGGUUAGAUGUGCAUUCUGAUAUAGACGAUCUGGAGAGUGGUGGAUCGGAAGAGAGUGGUGUUAGCAGUGAUGAAGAAGAGGAGGAUUGGUGGGAUGAAGGUGGAUUAGGAGCAGGCGAUGAAGACGAGAAUGAAGAUGACGAUGAUUCUGAUGAUGAUUCGGACGUUAACAUGCCGACAAAGAGAAUGAAUGGUGAUAGUGAUGGCAGUGGAACGGAUGACAACGAUGAGCCAGAGGCUGGUGAGAAUGGAGAUGACGAAGGUGAUGAUGACGAGGAAGACGAAAUGGAUAUAGGAUGA